AGGUCGGCGGCGGGUAACGUGACACGCGCAGCUCCGGGUUUAUAAACCUUACACGGCGGGCCGGGAGGGAGGAGGAGGAGGCGGCAGAGCGGCCGAGGCGGCAGCGGGCGCAGCCCCCGGAGGACUCGGGUGAAGCCGAUGCCCAGGCUGGAGCACUGCGGCUGGAGCUGUUCCUGCGCUGCCAGGGGAAGGCACAAAGCCCAGCCGGGGGACGCGGCUGCCGGGCUGGCCGCCAAGGUGGGCGAGAUGCUGAGCUCCUCCGUCUCCAGCCCCUCGCUGUCGUCGGUGGGGCACGGAGCACGGAGCCCCAGCACCUCCCGUGCCGGCAGCAGCACCUCCGGCAGCGGCAGCAGGAGCAGCACCUUGAACUGGAGUCAGCACCUGGUGCAGAGGAGCGUGGUCCUCUUCGUCGUCGGCGUUUUCAUGGCCUUGGUGCUGAACUUGCUGCAGAUCCAGAGGAAUGUCACCCUGUUCCCUGACGAAGUGAUUUCCACUCUCUUCUCCUCUGCCUGGUGGGUGCCCCCGUGCUGCGGGACGGCAGCAGCUGUGGUGGGCCUGCUGUAUCCCUGCAUUGACAGCCACCUGGGGGAACCACACAAGUUCAAGCGAGAGUGGGCCAGCGUCAUGCGAUGCAUCGCGGUGUUUGUUGGCAUUAAUCAUGCAAGUGCUAAACUAGAUUUUGCAAACAACAUCCAGCUGUCCCUGACUCUAGCAGCCUUAUCUCUGGGUCUUUGGUGGACAUUCGAUCGUUCAAGAAGUGGUCUCGGACUUGGAAUUACAAUAGCCUUUGUAGCAACUCUCAUAACCCAGUUUCUUGUAUAUAAUGGUGUUUAUCAGUAUACAUCCCCAGAUUUUCUUUACAUCCGUUCAUGGCUUCCAUGUAUAUUCUUCUCAGGAGGUGUGACUGUAGGAAACAUAGGACGCCAACUGGCUAUGGGUAUUCCAGAGAAACCACACAAUGACUAAAUCUUCAAAGAAGAGAGCACAGUGCCAGUGUGAAAGCAACUUUACAAAGAUGUGUUCCUGUUAUAAAUUGAAGAUUAUUUAGAAAAAAAAUAAUCUCUUUAUGGGCUCACUGCACAAAUUACUUGUGGAAAAAAAAAUAUUAAUCCACUCUUAGAAUAGCCAAGUGAAAUUAACUGCUUAUCUUGAAAUCUCACCCUGAUUUACCACAUAAGCAUUUGCAUAUGGCUGUUCUCUGGAAGAGUUUAACACCAAGUUGCAUACAACUGUUCAGGCUAAGUGGCAGUUUUCCAAGUAUUAGAUUCCAGUGUAAGUUAUUGAAGCAGCUGCCAUACUUUAAAGCCUUGAAACUGAAAUUUAAUUACAUGCUCUUGUAUCAGUGCCCAAAGGAAGUAGAUUGAUGGUGCUUAACAAUGAUGAAGUAUGGUUUAAUAGGAAUAGUAUUUAUCCAAAUCUUUUUUUAAAAAAUAGGGUUAUUUAAAAAUAAGAGUGAUCAAAACAGGUUAAAGGCAUUGCACUAGUGCUUUUAGGAGUCUUAUGAAGGAAUCAUGUCCCUACAUGUAAUGCUGCAUUAAGUUUCUGUCUUUCACAGUGGAGAAGGCUGGAGGGUUGAAAAUUUGGAAGUCACCUAGUUGGGGGUUCUAAAUUACUUCAGUACAAUAGGUGAACACAGAAGACAAUCUUGUUCUAACAUCAACUUUCCUAGGAAAUUCUGACUGGAAGUUUCAUUACUUCUGAAGCUUUCAGUCAGAUUUGCAAGAGCCAAGUUCUGGCCCCAGUCAGUAAGAAAUUUUAAAGUGUGUGAGUAUUCCUGCUUAAUAUCAAGACACAUGCUUCAGGAUCUCACUGAAGGAGGUCUUGGGUGGCUGGUGUCACUGAAAAAUGUGUGUUGCAGGCCAUUGCUUGGCCAUGGAGUAUGUGCCCCAAGCUCCCUAGAUCUGCAGUUUCCUCUUCAAGGUGUCUUUGAUCUUACUUCUGUUUGAGUUGGGGUUUUGACUGAAAGGACUGGCAGCAGAAGCAGGCCUAAAAUGUGAUUUAAACUGUAUGUAAAAAAUACAAACAGCUCUUUUUCUCAGUUUGGUUUCUGAAAGAGAUCACUACUUGUUUUUUUCACAACCCUAUAGAACUUGCAAUCUGUGAUUGCCUUCUUAAAAAAAAAAAGUGCUUAUGUCACUACAUUAAACAUUUGGUGUUUCUUAAUACUUAGUUCUGGUGAGCACAAUGUAUUCAUUUGAUAGCUUAGACCACAGGAGACCUAAAUAGCAAGUAUUAGGUCUUAAAGUUGAAGUGCAAUGUAUAGUAAAUCUGAGCCUCAUGUUCUCUUCAAUCAAACAUUUCUGAUGAGAGAUUAAAGAGAAAAAGGUUCUGAGUUCAUUUCAAUGCUGCAUGGAGUCAAAUGGAGCAAUAAUUUAUUUAACUAGUAAAGCUAGUUUUGUUGUAUCUUUCAUUGAACCCAAAUUUUUAGAACUACUCCAAUUUUGUGGUUAUGGUGUACUUGUAAACUUUUAUGGAUUUGCCUUUUUGUAUUAUGCAAUUAUUAUUUUUUUUUGUGUUAAUUUCCAAUCUCACAUGGCUUCAGAUACAGUUAGAGGCAUCAGCUAAAGACUGACCCAUCAAAAUGAUGUUGAGGGAAGGUAGCAGAGUUCUGGCUGUUUUCACUCUUCUAAGGGAAUGCUGUAAGUGCUGCUUGUGCUUUUUUUGUAGCAGGAAACAUUUAGCACAAAGUCUGUAUUACAGAGCAGACCCCAAUUCUAAUCUUAGUUUGGUGUAAAUUGAGUCAUUUCAUUGGUAUGAGAUCCUUCCUCAAAUGUUUAAAACCUAAAUAAUCACAUUUUAUAGGACUACUUGAAGAAAUUAGGUCCUCAGAUCAGGACUGGAUCAGCUGAGCUCUUGUAAAAUAUGCUACCUGGUGGGGAGACAGUUUUGUAAUCAUCUUGAAACCAAUUUCAAAAAGUUAUAAAACCAGAUGUAAGUUGGAGGUGACAGUGAUCUCUACAGCUGUUUGACUGGUAGACAAGUAUUUUUUUGUAAAGAGUGAAACUAAAUCUCUUACGUGUUAGAAAUAAUGCAGCCAAAAAUGUAAGUCAAAAGUUCAUAUUUUGCCAAUAUUUCUGAGUAUCUUAACCAAAGUGAUUUGUUUGGAAAAGGCAGGGGGGGAAGUAAAGAAAAUUUGCACUAUUCUGAAUUUGAACACUUAAAUUCUCAUUCUUACUGAUAAGUUUUCAGCGGUGUGUUUGGUUUUACACUUUUUUUACUAUUAAAGUUUUAAGAUCAAGUCA